AUGGCUCCUUGGGCGCAUCUAGCUCUAGUCACUCUUUUCACCCCGCUGCUAGCUUCCCCAGUUAGCGAGUCCGAGUCUAUAAACAACCAGAAACGCGCAGCAGAAGGAUAUGAAUCACCUCCGUACUAUCCCACUCCUCCGGGGGGAUGGAUCUCCGACUGGAGCGAAGCCUAUGAAAAGGCUUACAAGGUCGUGAGCAACAUGACCCUGGCCGAGAAAGUCAACAUGACUACCGGAACAGGCUUCUUCAUGGGCCCUUGUGUCGGUCAAACGGGUAGCGCGCCCCGAUUUGGUAUCCCGAAUAUCUGCCUGCAAGACUCUCCCGUGGGAAUUCGGAACUCGGACCAUAACACUGCCUUCCCGCCAGGUAUUACAGUGGGUGCGACCUUUAACAAGGACCUCAUGUAUGAACGUGGUGUCGGAUUGGGCGAAGAGGCUCGAGGGAAGGGCGUGAAUGUUCUUCUUGGGCCUGCUGUUGGUCCUCUUGGCCGCAAGCCGCGUGGUGGACGGAUUUGGGAGGCAUUUGGUGCCGAUCCUUCUCUGCAGGCUUUUGCAGGAGCUGAGACGAUCAAGGGCAUGCAGAGUACUGGUGCUAUUGCUGCUAUCAAGCAUUUCAUUGGUAAUGAGCAGGAGAUGCACCGUAUGAGCAGUAUUGUGACCAAGGGAUAUUCGUCCAAUAUUGAUGACCGCACAUUGCAUGAGCUUUAUCUUUGGCCUUUUGCGGAGGGUGUUCGUGCUGGCGUGGGCUCGCUCAUGACUGCUUAUAAUGAUGUGAACAGCUCGGCAUGUAGCCAGAACAGCAAGCUGCUAAACGGAAUCCUCAAGGAUGAGCUCGGCUUCCAAGGAUUUGUCAUGACAGACUGGCUGGGCCAUUACACCGGUGUGGGCUCCGCGCUUGCUGGGUUGGAUAUGGCCAUGCCUGGUGACGGUGCUGUUCCUCUCUUUGGUGACAGUUAUUGGGGACCCGAAAUGUCCCGCUCGGUGUUAAAUGGAAGCCUGCCUGUGGACCGUUUGAACGAUAUGGUCACUCGAAUUGUUGCAACUUGGUACAAGUUUGGCCAGGACAAGGACUAUCCAUUGCCUAAUUUCUCGACCAAUACUCAAGACAAAGAAGGCCUUCUUUAUCCAGGUGCUCUCUUCUCUCCCUCUGGAGUCGUCAACCAAUUUGUCGAUGUCACAGCAAACCACAAUGCCACAGUUCGAGCCGUGGCUCGCGAGGCCAUUACACUGUUAAAGAACGACAUGGAUAUACUUCCACUGACUCGCAAUGACAACCUGAAAGUCUUCGGUACCGAUGCUGGAGGGAACCCUGACGGUCUCAACUCGUGCACUGAUAUGGGAUGCAACAAGGGCGUUCUUACAAUGGGAUGGGGCAGUGGAACGGCCAGAUUUCCCUACCUCAUUACUCCACAAGAGGCGAUUGCCAAUUUGACUGACAAUGUGGAGUUUUAUAUCACCGACUCGUUUCCUUCAGAUGUGACAGCCAAUUCCAGUGACAUUGCUCUCGUCUUUAUCAAUGCUGAUUCUGGUGAGAACUAUAUUACUGUCGACGGAAAUCCUGGGGAUCGCACUAAUGCCGGCCUUAACGCUUGGCACAAUGGAGAUGACCUCGUUAAAGACGCAGCUAAGAAAUUCUCGAAUGUUGUGGUAAUCAUCCACACUGUCGGGCCGAUUCUCAUGGAGGAGUGGAUUGAACUGGACUCUGUGAAAGCGGUUGUCGUGGCCCAUUUACCAGGCCAAGAAGCAGGUAACUCUCUUACCGACGUCUUAUUUGGAGACUACAGUCCCAGUGGACACAUGCCUUACACGAUCCCAAAGAGCGAGGAUGACUAUCCAGACAGUGUCAGCUUGAUCGACCAGCCAUUUGGCCAAAUCCAAGACACCUUCACCGAGGGUCUCUACGUCGAUUACCGCCACUUCAUGAAAGCGAACGUGACACCCCGAUACCCCUUCGGCCACGGGCUCUCCUACACAACCUUCAACUUCUCCCAACCCUCCUUAUCAGUCGUCAUUCCCAUCGAUGCAGCCUAUCCAGCAGCUCGUCCAACGAAACCAUCCACUCCACAAUACAACACCAACAUUCCAGCCGCAUCAGAAGUAGCCUGGUCAUCGACUACGUUCACUCGCAUCUGGCGCUACCUCUACCCAUACCUUGACAACCCCCAGUCCAUCACCGCCACAAAGGAAUACCCCUACCCAGAUGGCUACAGCACAGAGCCACAUCCCGUUCCGCGCGCCGGCGGCGGCCAAGGUGGAAACCCGGCUCUCUUCGAAACAGUCUUCUCGGUCCAGGUCCAAGUCCAGAAUACAGGAAAGAGAACCGGCAAGGCUGUUGCCCAACUCUACGUUGAGCUCCCAUCUUCGAUUGGUCUCGAUACGCCUGAGCUCCAGCUUCGACAAUUCGAGAAGACUCGGGAACUUGCAUCUGGCGAUCACGAGACUUUGACGCUUCACGUUACUCGGAAGGAUGUUAGUGUUUGGGAUGUCAAUGCGCAAGAUUGGAUGGCUCCGGUCAAUGGACAGGGAAUAAAGCUUUGGGUUGGGAAUAGUGUUGCUGAUUUACCUGUUUUGUGUACUGUUGGUGGGGGCUGUUCGGCUGAGUAA